GGAUCAAAAACCAGAGGGUGAACAGACUGUCAUAGACUCAGCACGUCAAACUGUUUUACCCAUGGAUGACAAAUUAUCCUUGGAAUCUUCCACACCAGUAAAAAAACUGCAUAUCCAUGGAAUGCAACAUCUAGAUGCUAGCCUUGUCACUCCAACACCUGAGAAGACUGAGGAGACUGUAAACAUGAGGGGCAGAAAGGAAACUGCUGAACUCCCAGAAAAAUACAAACUUCUUUCAGAGCUUUUUGAUGGUAUGACUACUUCAGUGAGGCUCCUUAAUCUGCGUAAGCAGUUACCUAUAUUUCAUUAUAUAUGCCGGCAAGUUGAAACACUCACAGGAAGGAAGUUCUCGUACAUAAAUCUUGCACAAAUGAAGUUCAUUCUUCCUGAGGCUGUUCAGACUGAUAAGAUCUUAUUACAAAAUAAGAAGACAUUUUGCAUGGAGCCACACUUAAAAGUUACAUUUGUCUUUGAUGUCAUAGAAGGUCACACCGAACCCUCCGAUUUUCUAGCUCUUUCUCGUAUCUUUUCCUCCAGGCUCUUGAAGUUUGUCAGCCUACAUUCAGAGGAUUGUGACAUCCCCGAGGCUGAACUUCCGGAGCCGUUUAACCGAAAAGAGAUCACAGUUUCUGCAAACGUUUUGUCUUUGGGUUCAUCGACGAAAGCGCUCCCAAAUGUCAAUGAAGCUGAGCUACGUGCGCCUUCUCAUUUUUCACCAUCUUUUAGGAGAUACUUUUCAGCUAAAGAUGUUAAAGAUUUAGCCGAGACUGAACUCUCACCAUCUCCACUUUCACCUUCCCUACUUAAAUCUGACAUCACAGUUAGUAAAGAAACUGGUUUCAGUUCAUAUUCAGAUCCAAUUAAGAACGAGAAAGUUCUCCAAGUUGCUGCUGGAGAUACACCGUUGAAAAAUCCAUCAGUUCAUGGUGAAAUAACGAUCGAAACUCCAGACAUGUCAACUCCAAAAAGAUCAGUACCAACUGAAGACAAGCUGAAGAGCAUGGUUAGCCAGAAAUCAAUGGCAAGCAGUUUAUUUGCAAAGAGGUUCCUGGAUUUUUCGAAGACUGAUGAUGGAGAUGAAGUUUUGGAGGGGAAAACCACAUCUACAAGCGAUCUCUCUGUGAAGGAGGAGAAUCAGAUCUGUUUUACUUCCAAGAAUGAUGUCAGCACCCAAAGUGGAUUAAAAGCACAUCGACCUGCAUCUGGCUUAUCUGAUAUUGCCAAGACAAUUCAUGACAUAUUUCAGUCUGCACAUUGUUCUUCAAUGACAGAAACUGAACUUGUUUACAAAAUCUUGGUGAAUAACUUAGACAUCAUAGAUAGAGGAGAGGUUGAAGAACAGAUUGAGCUUCUCGUGAACAAAGUACCAGACUGGAUUAGCAAGAAGGUUGAUCUUAGUGGGGAUCUCAUGUACAAUAUCACCGGAGGUUUAACGUUGAAGUCCAUCACUGAAAUGCUUGCAUAGUUACACAACAUGCUCAAGGGGAUUCCAUGGUGGUCGAGUAUUAUUGGGUGACUUUUGGUAGCUUGGAGAACUUAUAACCUAGGAAUCUUUCAUGGUGAAAAAUUGUACGAAAUUUGGCAUUGGCCGGAUAUUGUUGUGUUUUGUCAGAGGUCUUGCCAAAUCAAGACUGCUAGCUGAUUAAAAAUUUGUAUUGAUGAAAGUUACUCAGCUGAGGUGCUCACCAGUGUUCUUUUUUUUUUUUGAACACCAAUUGUCCAAUUGUGUAAAUUUAGUGCUGGUUUUUCACAAAGUGAAAGGUGACACAAUAGGUAGAAAAACUAAAAAUAUAUACCGCCAA